CUGUGUGUGUUUCUGGUUGUCCUUUAGCACWCACUACAGUAACUCUGUGUUUCUAACUCACCUCUGACUAUCCACCACUUUGCAGAUUGGCUCGUUCUUCAUGAUCAACCUAUGUCUGGUGGUCAUCGCCACCCAGUUCAGUGAGACCAAGCAGCGGGAGCACCAGCUGAUGCAGGAGCAGCGGGCCCAGUGCCUGUCCUCCUCUACCCUGGCCAGCCUGCAUGAACCGGGGGACUGCUACGAAGAGCUCUUCCAGCUGGUCUGCCACAUGCUGCGCAAGGCCCGCAGGAGAUCUGUAGCCCUGUAUAACCAACUGAGGGGAAGGCCUCUGCCACCACCGCCCACUAGAGGGAGAGGAAGAGGAGGAGGAAGAGGAGGAGGGGAAGGAGGAGGGAGUGCGAACGGAGGGGAACGGCAUCACCUGAGGCAGCCACGACAAUCUCACUGUCCUCACCAAAGCAAGCUGGACCCAGUCCACAGCUCCCAACCCCUGGGCAACUCCAUCGCCCUGGCCGUCCCUCAAAACACAGAGGACUGCCCUCAGUGCGCUACGGCACUGUCACUCAGGGAGGGGGCGGGAGCUGUGGGCGACUCGGCCAAUGGGGAGGAGGAGGAGGGGGCCGUGGAGGAGACGGACAGGGAGGAGAACCACUUGGAGGAGAAAGCGGAAGAGGGGGAGGGAGUGAAGAAGAAGAGGAAGAGGAGGUCGUGUUUUGGACACUGUAAGGACAUGUGGGAUGAGAUGAGGAAGAAACUUUGGGGCAUCGUGGAGAGCAAAUACUUCAAUAGAGGAAUCAUGAUCGCUAUUCUCAUCAAUACUAUCAGCAUGGGGAUAGAACACCACAACCAGGUAAAUAUACUAUUCUCAUCAAUACUAUCAGCAUAAACACCCCAACCAGGUAAAUAUACUAUUCUCAUCAAUACUAUCAGCA